GAUAGGUGGGUAUAGAAAGAAAGACAGUUCCUUGGGGUUCUAGGCCAUCUAUGCGGGCUAGGACUUGGACCCUUUCCCCAUCAGCAUCGCGACCCAUGUCACACUUGGACCGGCCUCAGUUUCCCCUCUGUAAGAGCCUGCAGGUCCUCACGUUAGAGACGACGCUUGAAGGGCGACGGGGACCGAGGAAAACGGCGCUGGGCGGGCGUGGGGCGGUCCCGGAGCCCCGAGGCGGCGGCGGCCCCGCCCCGAGGCGGCGGCCGGGCUGCGCUGGGCUCCGAGCGGAGACAGACCGUCGCUCCGGGAGCACGUAGCGCCGCUGGAGCCGGGCCGGGUGGACAGAUCCUGGGCCCCCAUGGCUGAGUAGAAGAUGAAGCCCACUCCAGCAGGCUCCUCCCCAGAGGCCUGCAAAGCUGCAGGGCAGGGGGAGCUGAGCUGCCCUGUCUGCCAGGCCCGGGGCAAGGUCUCGGCCCCCAGACCUGAGUCAGAGCCUAGGCUGGGACCUGGUGCUGUGUCCAGACCUGCGCUGGGGCCUGGUGUGGUUCUAGAACCUGGACCAGGGCCUGUUGCUGUGUCCAGACCUGGGCUGGGGCCUGGUUCUGUGUCAGGUCCUGGAUCCGGGCCUGGUACUAUUCCAGGCCCCGGCAUAGGUUCUGGUGCUAUUCUGGGGCCUGGUACUGUUCCAGGGCCUGGGCCUGGGCCUGGGCCUGGUGUGGCUCUAGAACCUGGAUCAAGGCCUGGUGCUGCUUCAGGACCUGGGCCAGGGCCUGGAGCAGUGUCAGGGCUUGGGCUGGGGCCAGGGCCUGGUCCUGCUCCAGGACCCAGUCUGGCUGUGGGGCCUGGGCCAGCAGCUGGGUCAGUACCUGCUUCUGGAGCUGCACCCUUACCUGGGCCCAGACGGGGAUCAGGGACUGGGCACGAACCCAGUGAGCCAAUAACAGCCCCGACACCAGCACCACAGCAGAAGACUCAGGUGACACCUGUGCUGGCCUCCAGGCAGAAGGUUCUGGUGACUGGAGGAGGAGGCUACCUGGGCUUUACCCUGGGUUCCAGCUUAGCUAAGAGCGGCAUUUCUGUCAUCCUGCUCGACCUCUGCAGACCCCAGUGGGAGCUGUGCCCAGGCACCGAGUUCAUCCAGGCUGAUGUCCGAGAUGCAGAAGCCCUGCACCGAGCCUUUGAAGGGGUGGACUGUGUCUUCCACGUGGCCUCCUACGGAAUGUCGGGAGCUGAGAAGCUGCAAAAAGAGCAGAUUGAGUCUAUAAAUGUCGGAGGCACCAAACUAGUGAUUGAUGUUUGCGUCCGCCGGCGGGUUCCAAGGCUCAUCUACACCAGCUCCGUCAAUGUCGUGUUUGGCGGAAAGCCCAUAGAACAGGGCGAUGAGGACUCUGUGCCAUAUGUCCCACUGGAGAAGCACAUGGACCACUACUCCCGAACCAAAGCCAUCGCCGACCAGUUGACCCUCAUGGCCAACGGGACACCUCUCCCAGGAGGAGGCGUUCUGCGGACCUGUGUGCUCCGGCCCCCGGGCAUCUAUGGCCCUGAAGAACAGAGGCACCUGCCCCGCGUGGCGGGCCACAUCAAGAAGAGGCUGUUCAUGUUCCGAUUCGGGGACCGCAGGACACGGAUGAACUGGGUCCACGUGCGCAAUCUGGCGCAGGCCCACGUGCUGGCUGCUGAGGCCCUCACCGCUGCCAAGGGCUACGUGGCCAGUGGGCAGGCGUACUACAUCAAUGACGGGGAAAGCGUCAACCUCUUCGAGUGGAUGGCCCCACUGUUUGAGAAACUGGGUCACAGCCAGCCCUGGAUCCAGGUGCCUACUUCCUGGGUUUACCUGUCAGCCACAGUGAUGGAGUAUUUGCAUCUGGCCCUGAGGCCCAUCUGUAGCCUCCCACCGCUGCUCACCCGGAGCGAGGUGCGCAGCGUGACCGUGACGCACACCUUCCAGAUCGCCAAGGCCCGCGCCCAGCUUGGCUACGCGCCGGACAAGUUCAGCUUCGCCGACGUGGUGGACCGAUACGUGCAAUCCACGGCCGGGCGGACCCACAGCUCUACGGCGAGGACGCUCCUGCGGCUGCUGCUUGGGCUGCUGCUGCUCCUCGGCCUGCUCGCCCUGGCCCUGCACUUCCUGGCCCUGCAGCCGUCCGUUGUCUGAUCGUCGUCGCCGGCCUGUCCUUGCCCCUGCCUCAUCUUGGCGACCUGGAUCCAGCCCUACUCAGCCCCCGAGAUUUGAGCCCGCCCCCGAGUCCUGGACUGGUCCCCGCCCAGCCCUCUGCCCCGGCUCCACUUCCUGGGUAUUGUCCCCGCCCCCCGCGUUCUGACCCCGCCCCUGUCACGCCCACUGGGCUUUGACCGGCCCAUGCCCCGCCUUUGGAGCCGUGGUCACGCCCCCCGCGUCUGGGUUUCCCUCCUAACCUCCGAGCCUUGGUCUGCCCUGGCCCGUGUCUUGGUUUCCCUCUGGCCUGGUUGAGAUGCCAAGGAGAAGUUCCUAGCCUCAUAGCCUCCUCUGCCUUCUAGGCCUUCUCCGCGUCCCUGCCCAGGUGUGCCCCGACCCCGGGUUCACCCCCACUCUGGCUCCGCCCUCUUCCUAGCUCUGCCAACACAUCUGAGCCCCCUCCCGCCGUCCCUUGGCUUCUGCUUUGGAAACUGGCUUAACCCCUUCCUCUUGGUUGGGUCCUUCCGCUCGCCUACUUGAGUUUCGGCCCUAGCCACGCCCCUCCCUUAUGGCUCCACCCCCUCCGGCCACACCUCCUGGGUGAGUUCUUGCGUCCCGGCUGCCGCGGCUUCUGCAGGCUAGGCUAACUUUGCAAGUUUUCUCUCACUGCUCUCUUUCUAGGGACACCGAGCUUCUUCACUGCCCUAGCUCUUGGGGCUUGUCCUGAGAUCUGCCUGAGUUUCUCUGGGCUUGUCCUGAGAUAGUCUCGGGAUCUUGGAUUAGACCCAUUCUCGGAGCAUUGCGUUUGAUCCACUGCUAUGCUUAUGUCUUGGGUUCGCUCACUCAUGCAGUCUCAUGCGUUUAUAACCGGGGUUGGAAGGAUACCUGAGAACCAGGCUUCUGCCCAGCCCAACUUGGCCUUUUUGGGCUUCCCGUAUAUGAGUCUGGGGAUUAGUAAGCACAGACUUCGGUACUAGAAGGGACAUCAGAAAAGAGGGAAAAAAGCAAGAUAAUGUGAGAAAAAAGAGUAUAUAUGUA